AUGGGUACGAUGGUCGUGUCAUUGUUCGCUCUCACCUCUCUCAAACUGGCGCAUCAGCGAUCACCACAAGCUCUCGAGCCGAGCGCAUGCAAUGGCCCGCCAACAGCAACCAUACGUGCCAGUGCCACAGUCACCCUUCGCACAUGGCGUCGGAAUUGGAUCAAUCUGCCCAACGAGGAGAGAGCUUUGUGGCGGCAAGGACAUCACAAUGGCAAAGACGCACAUUCUCCUGCUGUCUACGCGGAUGAAGCAGAUCGAGAAAAUGUGCUCGAGCUCGGUAUGGCCGCGUUUGCCCAACUUGAAUUUCGACUCCUCAAACGGGAGGCGCGGCAUUGGAACAAACUUCAGCUCGAACGCUUUGAGCGGCGGGCGCAAUCUGCUUGCUCGGCACUCAUCCACGACAAUACUCUGGAACAUGCUGCUCCGGACUCGGUCUUCCUUGCCAUCGAUUUCGAAGGCGACGGGACCCCCAAGGGAGUGUCGGAGCUAGGUCUGGCCAGAUUGAAGCUCGGAGAAUCGAGCACACAUCCGAAGCAAGGGGUGCAAAAUCUGGAGACCACGGAAUGUCGACGCAAGGAACUCCCCUUUCGAUACACGUCUCUUCAACGUGCGCAAUUCCCUUCAAAUCGUGAGAGACGACAAUUCUUACCUCUUUCCGAGCAUCUCCAAAGCAAAAUUCGCUUUACCGCAGGCAUGCAUCUCCCUCAACUCCAUCCAGCCCACCUCCACCGGAUUCAAUCGCAGUCACCGACCGUGUAUGGGCUCACAUUGCUGCUGACCCUCGUUCCGUUAUACAUCCUCUCCUACACCUACCGCCUCCAUCACCCUUACGGCACCUCCUCAGCAUCUUCCAAUAUCCGUCCACCUUCGACGAAUGUCACCUCCGACUGGCUUGCCACCUCCCUGGUUCAACCUUACAACCCCUCCCCUUUGCGGACAUACUGCGCCAAAACAACAUGGCGUUCGAAUUUAAUCUUCAAUCUGGCGGAUGCGAACGGAGGAAUCGGGAAUGUGAGAGGGAAUAUUCUGGACUUUGUCUUUUACGCCAUUGAAGCGGGAGCGAGCAUGUACCUCCCUGGCAUGGCGGGACGUGCGGAGGCGGAUCUGAGUAACGUCUGGGGGAGUAAAGAGCAGAUGGGACAUAUGUUUGAUGAGGUGUGGUUUCUGGAGAAGAUGAAGGAGGCGUGUCCGCAGAUGAAAAUCUUGAGAGAGGGUGAGGAGAUUGAGGCGACGGAAUUGCAGGGCAAUUAUCUGCCGAGGACGAGAAGGAUGGAUGAUGGGUAUGAGAAUACGAGGCAGGCGUACCUGGCUGAUCUGGAGAUGUGGAUGAGCGAAAAGGAGGGCUUCGAGAAAGAUGGGUCGGCAUUGAUGAAGGUGAAUUUUGAGCGGACGUUGUGGAAUUUCGACACGAGGAGUUUGCCGCUGGGUUUGAGAAGGAAUUUCGGACAAUUGUUGAGGGUGAGGUCGGAUGUUCGCAGUCUUGCAGCUGGUGUUGUCAAGAAUCUGAAGGAGACGUAUGACUUACCGAUCGACCCACGAGACGCGGUGCCCAAAGGAGCGUUUUACGGAGCGCAUUUGCGGAUCGAGGCUGAUGCCGCGAAUGCCGGGUGGUUGAGCGAGCCGGCGGCGAAUUUCACGGUGCAGACGGAUGCAUAUCUCAGUCAAGCCGUUAAGCAUGGUCUCGGCGUCGUCUAUGCCGCUUCAGGUGAUGUCGAUGGCCUGAAGAGAUUCAAGGAGAAAGGUCUUGCAUGGCACCCUGCGGUUCGAGUCAUCACCAAGCAGGACUUGAUGAGCGAGGCGGAGCAAACCAUUAUGGCGGGCUUGACGUGGGAUCAGCAGGCUUUGAUAGACUGGGAGGUGUUGCGGCGAUGCAGUGUCUUUGGAGGAUUCGUGAAGAGCAGUUUCAGUUUCAAUGUGGCCAUCAGCAGGAACCAGUGGUUGGAGGACUCCGGCGCCAUGGUGGAGCCGUAUUGGGUGCAGGAUGCGGAGAAUGGAGUAGCGUUUGAUGAUGGAUUGAGUCGUAUGCUGGAUCGGGAUGGAUGGCAUGAGCAGAGGAUUCCGAGGGGGAUGUGGCCGUGA